GUAAAAGCACGGAAUCGUGUACGCCGUGGAUCAGGAAGCAGUCAGUCAGCUGAUCUCUGCCUUUUUGAAGGACGCAAUUUCUGCUGCGCAACACAGGACCGAGCCCGAAUAUCCUACCGAGCAACGAGAGAAGACAUGUCGAUGACAGUGAAGGCUUACCUCCUCGGAAAAGAGGACUGUCAUAAGGAGAUCCGCCGCUUCGCCGUCGAUGAGGACGUCUCGACAAGUUUCGAGUACCUGAGCCGCAAGGUGGUGGAUGUUUUCUCAAACCUCCGCAAUGUCGCCUUCCAGAUGUAUUACAGAGAUGAGGACGAAGACAUGAUUGCCUUUUCGUCUGAUGAUGAGCUCAUGAUGGGACUGACUAUGGUGAAGGACAGUACCUUCCGCAUUUUCAUCAAGGAAAAAAAGGAGCACAAGCGUGACUUCCCACAUCAUGUGGACCAAGGGUUCCCUUUCCCCCCUCCUCCAGGACCACAUCACAUGGGUCCUCCAGGACACCAUACUAUGGGUCCACCUCCUCCUCAUCACCAACCCCUGAUUCACCUCGGUGUGACUUGUGAUGGUUGUGAGGGACAAGUGGCUGGGACCCGCUUCAAGUGCACUGUGUGCCCCAAUUAUGACCUGUGCUCCACCUGCCAGGCCAAGGGCCUUCACAAGGAACAUGCUCUCUUGCCCAUUUUUCACCCCUUUUCCAAUAUGUAUGAGUGGUUACCUCGUGGCAAAUUCUGGCGCAAGAUGAGGCACUGCAUGUGGGCUGGGGCUCAGGCCCAGGCUCAGACCCAGGCUCAGACCCAGGCUCAGACCCAGGCUGAAAACCAGGCCCAGCCUGGGCCAUCUGGUUGCCAGCCUAGCUCCCAGCAGGCUAACUCUCAGGAACGCGAAGCUCAAUUUGGACCCACAUGUGCCCAGGCCAAUAUGGAGUACCUGAAGAACAUUGGAGAGGGUGUGGCUGCCUUGCUGAGCCCCCUAGGCAUAGAUGUGGACAUUGACGUAGAGCACGAGGGCGAGAAGGCCAAAGUGACACCAACUCCUACCGUCUCAAGUGGACCUCCUAGUGGCCGGAGUGAUGGUAGCUCUGGAGGCCUUUCCAAGGGGGCAGAUGGAGGUCCAAGCAGUGUAGGGAGUACCAGUGGUGGGGCAAAGAAUGUUUCGCUGGACCAGAAAGACCAAAGUAAUGAUGAGGAGUGGACCCAUCUAAGCUCGAAGGAGGUGGACCCAUCCACAGGUGAACUCCAGUCACUGAGGAUGGAGGUGGAUGGAACAAAUGAUAACCCUUCUCCUCUCAGCCACAGCUCCAGCUUAAACCAAGGACCCAGUGGUCUGCGUGAGGCUGCCCUCUAUCCACAUCUGCCUCAAGACGCUGACCCUCGACUGGUGGAGUCUCUGUCCCAGAUGCUGUCCAUGGGCUUCACAGAUGAAGGUGGUUGGCUGACCAGGCUGCUCCACACCAAGAAUUACGAUAUUGGAGCUGCUCUGGACACCAUCCAGUACGCCAAAGCCCCAGGUCAACGGAAGUGAAGCAGAAAGCAAGGGCUCAAAAUAAAAAUGGGGUUACAUUUAAUUAAUCAUUUUUUGAAAACCCCAUGCUAACUCAUUUCUAAUCAUUUCUGUCUUUCUAAAUGUGUAACAAAUUCCUUUCAUAAUACUGACAAUAUAAAUUACUCAGGCAUUUGUAAUAAUACAGAUUUCUAUUUUCUUCAACUUUAUUGAGACCAUACAUGAAAAUUAAUCUUGGAAUUAACAUAAGGCUCCUAUCUGGGUGCAGUCACAGUGGCAUUUAUCAUAUAUAUAUCACAAAAUUAUUUACAUUGACUUUCCAAACUGGUAAACUUUAAGAAAUGUCAAUGAACAUAUGCCUACUUAGACAUGAUAUUAGUUGUUCUGUAAAAGAAAAUCUAUGGGGUAUAUUUGUAGUCAGAAUGAAAACGAAUUGUUAUAUUGAAUACUUUUACACACUUUCCUGCCUUGUCUGUCAAAUAAAUUGUCUGCAGAACUCUCA